UUGCCUGCUGCCAUCCACGUAAGAUGUGACUUGCUCCUCUUUGCCUUCCAUCAUGAUUGUGAGGCUUCUCCAGCCAUGUGAAACUGUGGAACUCUGAUACAGUGCCUCCCUCAUGUGCGGUGAAGAUUAAUUGAAGUCAUGGUAUUACCAGAUGGGAAGCAUUUGACAUGGUGCCAGGAACAUUCAAACAGAGAAUCAAGAAGCAAAUGCCACGAGAUUUCAGGCUGUCUCUUCUAUUCUCCCUGACAUCCUCAUUAACCACUAUUGUUCUGCGCAAAGAUGAGCAUGCACACAGGCCUUCAAUAAAUAUUUAUGGAAUAAAUAAAUGAAAGUAUAAUCACUCUCCAGACUACGGGAGACACGAAGGGAAAGUUUCCCUAUCUGAAACUUUCAACGGCAUUAAAACCCUAGUAAUGAGGGAUAACCAAUUGGCUGGCAAAGUAACAAAUGAAAAGUAACCUGACUCUAUUGACCCGCUUAACCCUGCAUGGGGGGGAAGGAUGGAAAGGAGCAGCUGUUUGCUUUGAAACAGUGGAACAGUUUUGCAGCCUUAGAAAAUGGCAUGUAACACACCUAACCAAAGACAGCGGACUCUGUCAACAACAGGAGAAGCUCUAUACGAAAUUCUUGGUCUGCAUAAGGGAGCAUCAAAUGAAGAAAUUAAGAAAACCUACAGAAAAUUGGCCCUGAAACACCAUCCAGACAAGAAUCCAGAUGAUCCAGCUGCUACUGAGAAGUUUAAAGAAAUCAACAACGCCCACGCCAUACUUACCGACAUUUCAAAGAGAAGCAUAUACGACAAGUACGGAUCGCUGGGACUCUACGUGGCCGAGCAGUUUGGAGACGAAAACGUUAACACCUACUUCAUGCUGUCGAGCUGGUGGGCAAAGGCCCUGUUUGUCAUCAUUGGCCUCUUGACGGGCUGCUAUUUUUGCUGCUGCCUGUGCUGCUGCUGCAACUGCUGCUGUGGACAUUGCCGGCCCGAGCCGUCAGUGUCAGAAGAGGACUUCUAUGUGUCCCCAGAGGAUCUGGAGGAGCAGAUCAAGUCCGACAUGGAAAAAGAUGUGGACUUUCCAGUUUUUCUCCAGCCUACAAAUGCAAAUGAGAAAACACAGCUAAUCAAAGAAGAAUCUCGAAGUUAUUGCACAGACUCUAGAUAUUGAGCCCUCAGAGAGUCCACAGUCCCUCCUCUCAGUUCAGUCUUGUCUCCAGAUGGUCAUAGGGGAGCGUGUGGGGCAUAAAGUGCUGUGAACUUUUCCAUCUUGGUGUUUUAUUUUUGGGUGAGGAAAACAUGAUUGCUAUAUAAUUUUCUCAGUAUGCAGACUUUCUGAGUAGAAUUUCUUAUGAAACACAUUCAAUUUGGGUGAAUAAAGGCCUGAAGAGUUA